AUGAACUUGAUCAAUAUAAUUCAAGCGAUAAAGUACAAGUAUCAAGAGGAUAAAAUGACCCGUGUGAUAAUUGAUCCCAUCACUAAAAAAGAUGUCAACAAAACAUUUUUGUUAAUCUCAUCAAAAGGUGUAAGGAAGAGACUGGAAAGUUUAUUCGUCUUGUUUCGGAAUGAAAGAAACCAAGAAGAAUAUGUUGCAAUCGUUAAAAUUGAAAUUAGACAAUUUAGAAUUCGAGCCCAGCCCUUCAUGUUAUAUGAAUUGAAAGUUGAAACAUCAAGCGGCAGCAGUUUUGCGAUUCGAUGUCACAAAUUGAAAAUGAAAAGUUACUCCACACUUAGUAUUGCUAAUAAUAACCAACUUACAAACACUCUACGAUUUCUUUUUGAUUCAAAAGUUUCGCUUUUAAGUUUUGAGCAUUCAAUUAUGACGUCACAAUCUGCAGACAGCUGA